AUGUCGACCCCCAACGUCUCCUCCCCCGACUUCGCUCAGGAGAAGGUCCAGCAGCAGGGCUCUCAGCAGGAUGUUGUCUACAACUCCGGCGCUGCCAUGAGCCGCUUCAUCACCCCCGGUGGACACCCCGCGGACAACUCGCAGCCCGCUCUCCCGGUGUUCCACCGUAAGUUCGCCAACCCUGCCCCUCUCGGUCUCAUGGGCUUCGGUGGAACGACCCUCCUCCUCUCGCUUUACAACCUCGGUGCUCGUGGCGUCGAGAAGCCCAACGUCCUCGUCGGUGUCGCCCUCAUGUACGGCGGCGUGUGCCAGAUCAUCUGUGGCUGCAUGGAGUGGGCUUGCGGUAACACUUUCGGUACUUGUGCUUUCACCGGCUACGGCGCUUUCUGGGUCUCUUUCGCUUGCAUCAACAUCCCCUGGUUCGGCGUCGCCAAGGCUUACGAGAAGAACCCCAACGAGAUGGCUCAGGCAGUCGGACUCUACCUCGUCAUGUGGGGUAUCGUAACCUGCUUCCUCCUCACUGCUCUUCUUCGUUCUUCGGUCGCCCUCUGCUUCACCUUCUUCGUCGUCGCCUGUGCCUUCUUCUGUCUCGCGGCAGGUGAUCUCUGCGCAUCGCACGCCGCCAAGCUCGCCGGUGGUGGCUUCGGAAUCGCUGGUGGUCUCGGAGCCAUGUACGUCGCCCUCGCUGGUCUCCUCGACGGCAACACCUCGUACUUCACCCUCCCCAUCGGCAACCUCGCCCCCGCCUAA